GAUCUAUCUAGACUUAAGAUUUAUUUUAGACUUUCAAACUGACACCAUUUUACUAAUAACAAACGUUAUAAAAACGGGUGGUUUGUGAUGAUAACAAACAAAAACGUAAUUUUAGUUGUGAACAUGUCCUUAAUAUUGUUUAAACUUUAUUUCUUUUACACGAGUAGUUUGUAGUAUCCUUACAACAUUUCCAGAAAGCAGAUUUUGAGUCUCAAACUUUAAAUGAACACGAACCACUUUUUGAUUGAUUCAUUAUCAUUGUAUUGAAAAUGCACUCAUUACAUACGACUUACUUCUUCUUUGAUUCAUCUUUAGUAUCGAUGGCUUAGUUGUUGUUUGCAACAAUAUCUGCUUGUAACUCUGAUUAAAAAAGCCAGGGCGCUGAAAUAAGGUAUAACAAACAUUGAAGUUCGCAAAAGAUACUAUUAUCGGACAAUAAACUCAUAGCGCAUUUAAUAAGAGCGAAAUAGAAAACGACUAUAAAUAUAUAAUUCAUCAACAUACUUAUUUGUCGUCUGAUUGUUCCCUUCAAUAUUCUUAACACCCGCUCCACCCCCAACACUCAGGUCCCAGCCUUACUUUUCAAACUUCGAACAUCAUUUGCAGCGCCCAACCGACCAACCCUGGCAGUAUCGCUCGAACUACGGAAGGGGGAGCUCGCGUCCUUUCCGUACCGUGGCGGGAAAAUUGUGACAAUUCUUUUUUCGAUUCCGAAAAAAGUAUUUUUUGUUUUCGUUGUGUUUUUUUCUGGAUUUGACAGUUCUGUGGGACGCAGUUGUCAGUGAUGACAGUUGGUGUUUAAAACGUUUAGGUUUAAGCUGAAUAUGUUCAAAAUUUGGAUUUUUCUUGCCGCUUCUACUGUCUUCAUUAAUUUAUGCACGGGAAUAACAAUUUUCAUCCACAAGAAAGAAGACCAUACUCACAUCCUCAGGCAGUUCCAAAGUGAUGCGACGUCGCAGUCCCGGGCUCGCGGGAUUAGCGCCGACACUACGGACAUCCCCGGGAAUUAUGGUUCUUCGAGACGUCAAAACAGUGCUUGGGAACACCAUCCAUCUAAGUCAAUUAAACACAAGAAAAAGGAGAGCAGGCAGUCUUAUUGGGGUAAUGGUAAUUAUGGGGUGUCAUUCGUUCCAAGAUCAAAAAGAGAUUUGGGAUCCAACAAUAUCCUUAUCACGCAGCAUUUUAGCGAGAAAGUCGUCACACCCGGUGAAGAGCUGAGUCUACAAUGCACGGCGACUGCAGACAGACCACCGAGGUUCAUCUGGGAGAGAGAUGGCGUUGUCAUAUCAUCUAACACUGAUCAGAGAUAUACGCUCGGUCAGAUGAUGUCGCCAACUGGCGUCGGUGUGGUCUCCCAACUGAAUAUAUCAAGGUCUAGAGUUGAAGAUGGAGGUCUAUACGCAUGUAUUGCAUUCGAGAGUGAAUCUAGUACGGGGCAUUCAGCAAGGAUAGAUGUUUUUGGACCACCAUACAUAAGAACUCUACCGCCAAUAAAAGUCCAAAGUGGAGAAUCACUAAAGCUAAGAUGUCCUUUCUAUGGAUACCCCAUCAGUAAACUUGAAUGGGAACACAAAGGCAAGAAGAUAAUCAGUUCAACACUCCCUCAACACUCUCGAUACAAACGUACAUACUUAACAACAUCCAACAACAGUAAAAACACAAGGAGAAAACGCAAAAAAAGACAGAUUUUCGAGUCGGGCGAAGACGGCGUACUUAAUAUAGCAAGAAUCGUUAAGGAAGAGAAUGGAGACACUUACACUUGUAUCGUUUAUAGCCCUUCAGGAGAAAUGGCUAGAAGGUCAUUUGAAAUACAAGUAGUAGAAGCACCAGAGUUGGACGAGCUUCGUGUAGGAACUGGUCUCAAAGAAGGCCAGAUAGUGCAAAUUACUUGCAACAUCAUCGGUGGAGACCCACCUAUCUAUUUCUCUUGGUUGAAGGAUGGGAAAAAGCUGCCAGCUAGUUUAAAGAUUACAGAACGAAGUUCGGAGUUGUUUAGCGUUUUGAUCAUAAAGCGUGUUUCUUUGGAACAUUGUGGGAAAUAUACGUGCAUAGCAACUAACCACGUUGGCAAAGUGAACCAGACAGCAGAUCUUUAUAUUAAUGUCGCACCGAAAUGGAUCGAAGAGCCGACAAACACGUCUCUACUGUUAGGACAAAGGGGCAUAGUUUAUUGUAAUGCUAAUGGCUACCCGACACCGCAGAUACAUUGGAUGAAGAGGGAUGCAACAUUAGGUAUUUGGCGUCCAGUCCUAGAUCUGGCUGGUGGUGGAGUUAUAAGCUACCCAAACGGUACCCUGAUUAUUGAAGUGGUAUCACUUUCCGACGAGGGUAUGUACGCAUGCAACGUUGAAAAUGGAGUUGGUGAUGCGCUCAAUAAAAAUCUAUGGAUCAGUGUUAACAAGCCUGUGCACUUCGAAACAGUCGGCGCCAAUUUGACUACAAAAAUGGGUUUGCCUGUGACACUAACAUGUAAACCGCUUGGAGACAACCCUAUUAGAGUCAAAUGGUCCUUGGAUGGGAAGCCCGUCGAUUUUACUACAUCAAGGCUCACAAUAUCAGAAACAAUGACACACAAUGGACUUAACAGUGUUAUAAACAUCAACUACGUGGAGAGUCGAGAUGGCGGCACGUAUGAGUGUCGAGCGAGCAAUCCGUACGGAGUAGCUGCCUUUAAUGUUCAUCUGGAUAUACUAGAACCUCCAACACCUCCGCUAGACCUGCAACUGGACACAGUCUCCAGUAACUCAGCUAAACUAUCGUGGAGGGACACGAUCAGCACUCAUGUGCAGUACUACACCAUGCAGUACACAUCUAACGACUUCAUGAUGUGGGAUAGUGCUAAAAGUAUUAAUAUUACUAGACAAGACAAUGACGUCCGUCAAAGUAUAGAAUUAAGAGAUCUUCAACCAGCGACGGACUAUCGAGUGAGGGUUGCUUCUGGUAAUCAGGUCGACCUCAGCCCUUACACACAACCCGUACAUUUUAGCACGCAACAAGAAGCACCAUCAUCUACGCCACUAGGAGUACAAGUCCAGCAAACUGACAAUCCCGGUGAGCUGGUGGUGUCCUGGCUCCCACCGCCAAGAGAGAGUCAUAAUGGUCCUCUACAGGGGUACCACGUGAAGGCCAUGCCGAGGAUGAGUGGGGAUUCAGUUCCAAACGACACCCAAACUAAAAUGGUGAAAGUGAUGACAAGAAAAGGAAAACAGGAAACGAUUCUUAGUGGCUUGCUUAAAAAUAUGAGGUACGCUGUAUCAGUAAGUGCAUUUAAUUCAGCUGGAAAUGGCCCGUUUUCAUUACCGGUCUACCAAACUACAAGGGAAGGAGCUCCAGAGAUACCACCUUCAGGCGUAGAAUGCAGAGGAGUAUCAUCGUCAUCGUUAAGAGUUGCGUGGCAGCCGAUUACUGCACAAGGAACGUCUCUACUUGGAUAUUCCGUGUAUUUCAGUACUGAAGAUGGGCCCUGGCAGAAUAUAAGCUCACCUCAUACAGAGAUGUACCUUCAAGCUCUUCUCAAGUAUACUAACUAUACUGUGAAGGUGGCUGGGUUCUCCAACUAUGGGCUAGGACCGUUUUCGUAUCCAAUUGUUUGUACGACGCUGCAGGAUGUACCUGGACCUCCAGCAGCUAUCAAAGUAUUAGUGUCAUCACCAACAUCACUUCUCGUCAGCUGGAAAAGACCAGACCAACCAAAUGGAGACAUUACUCACUACACUGUUUACGUGAAACCGGUCUCAAGCACUGGCUCCCCACAGAACUACCGCGUAGAAGCGACAUUGGAAACAAGUCUCCGACACCUGACGUUCCCGGUAUCAGGGCUCUCCACCGGGAGACAGUACGAGGUCUUUGUGAGAGCUCACACAGCAGUCGGUGAAGGUGUUCCGAGUAAUCGUGUGCACAUCGAUCUGUCUUCUAAAGUGGUAGCGGGCGUGGCGUCGCUGGGCGGCGCGGUGUCGGCGGGCGUGGGGCGCUCGCUGCUGCUGGCCUGCACGUGCGCCGGCGCGCCGCCGCCCCGCACCGUCUGGUACCACAACCACAACAUCAUCACACACCAUCCGCGCUUCACCAGGAACCAUGAUGACAGCCUGCUCAUUAAUAACAUCGACCAAUCACUCAGCGGUAACUACACGUGCUUGGCUAAGAAUCUCUACGGAUCUGAUUCCGUCUCGUACGAGGUGUCAGUACUACCAACACCGGAGCCUCCGAGUUUGCGGGUGACGUCACAUAAAAACGCUAUACAUCUACAGUGGGAUACGCCGAGAAAAAUUGGAGGGAGGUCACAGAAAAUUAGUUACAGCCUAACUUGGAAAGAAGCGAACGGUUCCUGGCAAGACGCAUGGUCCAGCAAGGGCACUUCUCCCCAGGGCAUACAAGAGUACACCCUUCAGGGUCUAAAGUGUGGCACUAAGUACUCUCUGAGAAUGACCGCCGCUAAUAGUGUGGGGUCCUCACAGCCCACUUAUGUUGAUGCUACGACUUUAGGUGGAGUGCCUAUAUCACCAACCAGUACUGAAUGGUUUUGGAGUAAUGCGACGCACGUCUACAUUCAAUUGAGUGGAUGGGAUGAUAACGGCUGUGAGAUUACAAGAUUUGAUGUCGAAUACAAAGAAUACGGUGGCAAAAUAUGGAGAAAAGCAGAAAAUAGACUUCCUCAACUUGACCAAAUGUGGAGUCACUACGUGCCUUCAUCACUCCUCAACCAGCCGAACUCCUUCGUCCUCGCCGACCUGACUCCAGCGCAGUGGUACUAUAUAAGAGUGACUGCUGAGAAUGCCGCCGGAGUUUCCACGUCUUUGUAUAGUUAUGCUACUACUACUGUGCAAGGAGAAUCAAUAGGCCUGCCUUCAGAUUUCUUAGACUUGAACAUGCUGGUCAUCAUUUGCAGUUCCAUUCUAUUGAUGAUCUGUUCGUUAACUUGCGUUUAUAUACUAGUAAAGAGACAUAACCAUCAACACCUAACAGAGUACAGGAACUCUCUGACAGCUGAAUGCAAGUCCGAGAGAAGCAACGUGACGGUGAACACGCCUCAGAGCGUGCCGGCCGACAUCAACAACAGGGUCUACAGUACACCCGUACAUCUCACUGCUGAGAAUAAACAUGAAUUAUACGAGAUAAGUCCAUACGCGCAAUUCGCGAUAGGGUUCCGUACGUUUGGGCAUGUGGACAACCAGGAAGUACCGAGCAGGAUACAUCUACCGGGUAACAGCAAAUCCCGGUACGAUAGUGAAACAAGUUUUCAAAUGCGAUCAGAGUCUGAAGAAAGCGAUUGUGUGUCGCGAACCACAACACUGAAAAGUGCACCGAGAAAAGCCUGCAGGGUACCUCAUCAUAGGUAGCUGAGCUAACUCCUAGGUAUAACAAAAUGGUUGUGUUCAGAACAACUACAUAUAGCAUCAACUUACAUAUUGUUAAGGUUGUAACGACUUUAUUUAUUACUUUCAUAUGAAUCAUAAUGAUACUAGUCAAGGAUUUGAAUGCACAAGUGGGGAAGAUGUUGUUUUUCAUAAAGUUUGGAGUUCGAAUGUGUGUUUAUUUGUUUAACUUUUAUGUCUAAACCGCUAAACCUCAUUUGAUGCUUUGGAUGGACCGACGCUCAUUGUCUUUGCUAUAUAUGUAGUUAUUUAUAUUUUCUUGCGUUUUUCUGUUUUCAUUUAAUUAGUUAAUUAAUAAUAUGGAAUCGUUCCAGUAACUUAAACGAUAUCUAAAAUAAAAGAUAGUGUUAUAUGUGUUAAAAAAAUG